AUGGGCUUAGUGAAGAUCCUGACGAGCGGCAAGACGUAUACCACUUGCGGCGCGCCAGACUACUUUGCGCCCGAAGUCGUACGACAGGCAGGGAUGUCCAAAGCCGUAGAUUGGUGGACAUUGGGCAUUUUGAUCCACGAACUUUUAGCGGGACACGCGCCGUUUGAGGCUAGCGAUCAGCCCGACACGUACCAGAACAUCUGUCGAGGUGCUGAAGCCGUGAGCUUCUCCAGUUACGAAGACCGAGAUCCAGACGCUGUCGAUCUAGUGAAAUCUCUACUAGCAGAGCACUCCAACGACCGAUUACCAAUGAAGGGCUUGCGUAGUCUGCGACUGCACAAGUGGUACGCGCGAUUCGAGUGGGAAGCGUUGUACCAGUUCACGAUGCGGCCACCACAUCUCCCGAGGGUUCGAUCCGUCACGGAUCUGAGUAACUUCAGAGCGCAAGAGGCAGACCUGCCUCCUCCGAUCAGCUACCAAGACUCUGUGCAUGACGCAUGGGAUCAGGACUUCUAG